AUGUCACAAGCUGUUAUUUCCCGGCCGGCUUCGGUCUUGAACGUCGCCCCGAAGUCCAGCCACGGAGGGCCCAAUCUUCCCGAGAUCCAACACCCGUUGUCCCGCCUCGGCAACCCGGAUAAACUCAAUGUCCGCGGCCUUUCCAGCCAGCAGGGCCAUCGGCCCUUCAGCAACCCCGUCAACGAGCCCCAGAUGAGCUUCGCGGCACCCCGUCUGUCCCUCUCUGCCGGGGCCAUGAGUGCCGGCGAGGCGGCCCGCCGAUCGCUCCCCAGGAUCCCCCGGCCCUUCGCCAACAUUCCCGAGGGAGUGGAGGUCAUGGAAGCUGAGGAUCAGACCAAGACAAGACUUCCAGUUUUCGGUUCCCGGGCUGAUUUGGCAAGUCGGGCAGACAACCGUGCUGUCAGCGUGGCAUCACGUAUGUCCAGACCAGAAACAAGAGUCAGACUUGAAGUUGAUGAGAUUGAGAUGAUACUCCGUGAGAAGGUCAAGAAGUCCUACUUUGAGCUGAGGAAGCUCUUUGUCUCAAACGACCCAGAAGGCCGAGGCAUUGUCAGUCGGGAAGCUCUCAAUCGUAUCCUGAUCACAUAUGCUGGUCGCUUCAUCAGUACAAAACAGUUCAACGCUCUUCUGGCAAGAUUUCGUCUCCAUGAGCACAAAGUCAUCAAACUGGAGGAGUUUUAUGCCUGCUUGAGAGAAACGGUCACUCGGAAUGAGAUGCCAGCCUGGAUGGAUCCCGUCAACAGAGGGCCUGGUGACAAGAUCACGAUGAGCGCCACACAGGUCCAUGCGCAGCUGAAGGAGAAAGCUAGACAAAGAUUUGUGGAUGUUGCCGAGAUGAUCCCACAGAUGAACCCUGGGGGCACCGGCCGCAUCCUCAAACCAGAGUUCAGGAACGUCCUCAACAAAAUGCUAUUCUUCAUGGAUGAGGAUGAGUUUGAGAAACUAUGGAGCAGGUAUGACACAGAUGGACUGGGCGUUAUCAAGGGAGAGCGACUGAUGAACAAAUUGGGUAUCAGUCUGCGAUCGGGAACAGCCAUGCCGGAUGGGGACGGCGUCGGCUUCAGAUUGGGGGCAGGUAGCCCUGAACUCAGCCCAAGAGGAUCAGCUAGGAGGCCUCGUCGGCUAGAAGUUGAGCGAUCCAAGUCGCUGGACAUUGAGCGAUGGCUGAAGGAUAAAUUCAGGCAGGGUUUCCACAAGAUGAAGAAAGACUUUGAGAAAUAUGACUACGAGAAGAAGGGAGAGGUGGAGUUGGCCAAGUUUCGUGAAGUUCUUGAGCGCUACGACCUCAAAUUGGACAAGUUGCAGCUGGAUGCCUUUCUGUCCCGCUGCAACCUUGCUGUUCACCCAAAGACGAGGUCCGUGUCGUACCUUGAUUUCCUGCAGCGGUUCCAGGAUCGUAGCGAUGCUGGUCUGCCGCACAAGAUCCUGCUGAAUCCUGAACAUAUGUAUAACCGGAGUGUGCGAGCCGACAGUCCCGGCGCGGCAACCAACGUGACGGCAGCAGAGGCUAAGAUGAUGGGUCUCUUCCAGACUGACUUCCUUGCUCUUCUUGGUGUGUUCCACAAAAUUGACAAGCUGAGGACCAACGUGAUCAGCCAGCAGGAGUUCCGUGCGGCCAUCCAGAGCCGAUAUGAUGUCGACAUGAGUGAUGAGGAAUUUGGAAUGUUUAUAGACAGUUUGCCGCUUGAUGAUGAGGGAAAUGUGAAGUACGUUGACUUCAUGGCCGACUUUGACACAAGGGGUGGAGUGGCACCCAGUCUUCUGGAUACCAAGUCUGUCUACAGGUCCUCAAGUCCCGAGGGUGCGGCCAUGGACCAGGGACCUCCAGGACUUAGAGACAGCUUCGAGGAAGCCAUGGACUUUGAGGAUUUCAAAAAGGGGAGACCUCUCAAAGAAAUUUCAGCUGCCGUUAAGGCACUCCUACGUGAUCGCUUCACAGAAGUUGAAGAAGCUUUCCGUGAACUAGAUGAACAAAACUCAAAACACAUGUCGCAAGAGAUGAUGUACCGAAUGUUCAAGAAAUUGAACAUGAAGCCGGAGAUCACAAGAGGUGAGAUCCGUCGUCUCUGGGACACCUUCAUCACCUCCCAGAACCGAACCUACAGCUUCUUGGAGUUCAUCCGCCAUUUUGGCUACUCCAUGAAAUCGGCUGCCUUCCCUAACGCAAAGGUCUCCCCGCCCAAGAGAGGGGAUUCAGACUUCCUCAUCAGGUCGAGGAAGCUCAACUGUGCUGCCGAUAUGCUUGAGGAUAACCUUAGGUCAAAGGUUGAUUACAUGUGGGAUGAUCUAAGGAAGGAGUUCUUGGGUCUGGAUGUUUACGGUACCGGCUUUGUAAGCAAGGAGGAAUUCCGAGAUGUCUUGCAAGAACUCUGUGUGCAUCUCAGUGCUUAUGAGCUUGAUGCCCUGAGUAGUAAAUUUGAAAUCAACCAUGACGGCAGAGUCUCAUAUGUUGAGUUUCUGAAACCAUUUGCCAUGCGGAAGCAGACCCAUCGCUAUGGCAACAACAUGCUGUCAUUGCUGACCCACCCGCAGGCCGAGGUGCCUAUUGCUCCAAUCGUCAAUGAACCGAGCAAGGGGCUGAGUGGUAUCACGGCACGACUCAGACAGAGGUUGGUGGGCGACUGGAGAACCCUCCGGCGCGCCUUCAAGAAGAUUGACCUGGGCCACACGGGCUACUUGUCCCUGCCGGAGUUCCGCAACGUCCUGCGGCUCUGCAACACGAUACUGGACGAGGAUGAGGUCUACCACGUCAUGUCCGAGUUUGACGAGAAGAUGGACGGCAAGAUCAACUACAACAAGUUCCUGACAGAGACCUUCAACGCCGACGUCAAGGCGCCCUGAAGAUUUGAACCCUACCUCAUUUGACUACGUGUGAACCGAGUUUGAAUACGAGUUGAAUUGUGUUCAACAUUUGCGGCAAAAAUGUGAUAUCACAAAUUUUCCUGUCUGCUUUUUUUGGUCCAGUAAUGUUCAUAGCUAACAUGUACGUAUAUACAAUGUAUCUCUUUAUAGAACAUGCGUGUGUGAAUUUGCCAGAAUUGUCACAAGAUUGACAUAAAUUGCAUAAUACUUUAACGAUGGCAAAUGAAAUUUGUAUGAUCUGCUUCUCGCUGAAUUGGACAAUCAUGAAAGUAUUGCUCGGAUAAAAUGAGUAUUCCUUAGAUAUACUGUUAAUCAAGUUGCAUUAUAUCUGGCUUUUAGCAACUUUCUUUUUAAUGUAUAGAUGUACUAGUUUUUCUGUUGAUGCUUAUCUCAUUAGGUAUACUCAAAGCAGUUUACAUUGUCAAGGGAGGGUGGGGGGG